AUGGCGGAUGAGGAUGAAGAUCAGACGUUUGAGGAGGAGAAUGACGAAACGGCAGGAGGAGCGGAAGGAGGACUCGGCAGGCGGAAGAGGCUCUUCUCUAAGGAGUUGCGCUGUAUGAUGUAUGGAUUUGGAGACGAUCAGAACCCGUAUACAGAAUCUGUGGAUAUUCUGGAGGAUCUGGUGAUAGAAUUCAUCACUGAAAUGACACACAAGGCCAUGUCCAUCGGGCCGCCAGGGGCGGGUCCAGGUGGAGGAUAUUGUGUUCUUGAUUCGGAAGGACCCGCGGAAGUUUGCCAGAGUGAAGGAUCUGCUCACCAUGAAUGA